GAGAGUGAGUGGGGGAGUGCGAGAGGUAGAGAGGAACCCACCUCAGCCAACCUUUCUAGGAAAGCCAUACGAAAGAGAAGAGAAGAACGAGAAGAGGGUUAAGCAGAAGAAGAAGAAGAAGAAGAAGAGAGCAGAUAGGGAGAGAGAGAGAGAUUGCUCAGAGAAGACGAAGAAGGAAGGAGAUGAUGAUGGCGAUGGCGGGCGAAGCAAGAAACGAACAGUUGUGGAGGGGAAAGAGAUCAAAAAAGGGUUGAGUCGUUAUUAUUGCGCUGUUCAGUUCAGAGCUUCUCUGCUGACUCCCUCUCUCUCUCUACCCUCUGCAAAAAUCAAGAAACCCUCCCUUUCUCUUUUCGCAGAAACAGCCAAAGCUUUGACAGAAGUAGUAGUAGCAGUAGUAGAGUAGUAGCAGCGUAGUCUCAGCAGUCGCAGCAGCAGAAACCAGAAGCCCACCACAGAUUUUGCUCAGUUCUCUCUCUCUCUCUCUCUCUCUAUCUCUCUCUCUCUAUAUCUCUACUACCAGCAAACAGCAAAUCAAAGAUUGCUCGUCCCCUUUUCCUUUAAAUUCUCAACUCUCUCUCUCUCUCUUCUGUGGCGGUCUGAUGCGAUCUCAGAGAGAGAGAGAAAGAGAAAGAGAGAGAGACCCCACGGUCACCCACAUAACACCCACAUAGAUGCAUCCCUAGAUUAGAUUGAGCUUUCUCCCUCUUACCCGACUUUCCAUUUUCUCUCAUUCCCUCAAGAACACCCACCAUCGAGAAAAAAAAAAAACAAAAAAGAUUCAAUUUUUCGAAUCCUAAGAAGGCAAACGAGAGCUGCUGCAUAAUAAACGAAAGAUUCAGUUGUGGCUUCUUCUACCAGGCGGCUCCUUUCGGACUCCGGCGCAUUCGCUGACUGGGUGGCCUCCUCCUCCUCCGCCGCCGCUGCCCGCGCCGCCGCCGCCCCCGACGACCUCUCCCUCGGCUUCAAUGCCGCCCCUCUACCGGGCGGCACCCCCGCCUGGCCCGCCUCCUCCCGCUCCGCCGUCAACUACAGCCUCCCGCCGGAUAUGGGCAUGGUCGGCCUCCGCGACGUCUUCGUCGUCGCCCCGGCCACCUCCUUCCACCCUACGAGCCACCACCACCACCACCACCACGACCCCGUCAUCGCGGACUCGUCCAAUGGCUCCACCGCCUCGGCCGCCACUGCACUCGGUAUGGGCGUCGGCGUGGGAGUCAUCCCCCUCCUCACUGCUGCCCCGUGCCUCGGUCCUUCUCAUAACGUAGCCGAGGGCGACAACGGUAGUUUGACGGCCCGGAGCGGCAGAGCCGGCGCGGCGGCUGAGUUCCAGCUGUGGCAGAACCAGCAAUCUUCCCAUCAUUACUUGAAGAAAUCCGCUCCCAUCCUCGAUCAUGGCAAUACCAGCAAUUUAAUUCAAAGCGGCGGCGGCGGCGGCAUCGGUGCGAGCUCUAGCAGCACGACAACGUGCCAAGAUUGCGGGAAUCAGGCGAAGAAAGACUGCAGCUAUCGGAGAUGCAGGACCUGUUGCAAAAGUCGGGGUUUCGAUUGCUCCACUCACGUGAAGAGCACAUGGGUGCCUGCCGCGAGGCGGCGGGAGCGCCAGCUCACGACCACUGCCGCCACAGCUGGCGGGACCGGCGGUUCCGCAUCCACUUCCGGAGCCAAGAAGCCGAGGCUCGUCGGCUCUCAGACAACCACCACUUCUCACACUUCGACCUCCAACACCACGCCGCCGAGGAGCUUCGACACGAGCUCGAGCCGCCAAGAUGCGAGCUUCAAAGAAUCUUUGCCGGGGCAGGUGCGCGCCCCGGCGGUCUUCAAGUGCGUGCGGGUGACAUCGGUGGACGACGGGGAGGACGAGUACGCGUACCAGGCGGUGGUAAGGAUCGGCGGCCACGUGUUCAAAGGGUUCUUAUACGACCGAGGUGUCGAGGGGAGGGAAGACAUUCUGAACCUGUCGGAUCUGCAUUUGGGCGGCGGAGGCGGAGAUAGGAAUGGGGCGUCAUCGUCGUCUCCGAUCAUGGAUCCUUCGGAUGUUUACGCCGCCUCCGGGGGUGGAUUGCUUGGAGGCUCAGGCUAUGGUAACCCAAUAAAUUGAGACAAUGCCAUUUUCUGGUUGAAUUUGAGGAUUAGCUUAUAUUCAUCCACUCAUGGAAUGACAUUUGUAAUAUUGUUUGUAAUUGUUCGCCUAAUUAAUCGCUAAUUAACUCUAACCUCUGGGGUUCUAGUGAUUUGUUACUAGGUCUAUAUGCAGACCUUGCUCCCUAUUAACACAUAUCUAUCUUCAUUAGUUUCACUGUCUCAA